CAAAGAGCAGGACGAUGGCCGGGUUCGCUUGGAGUAAAAACCCGUCCAAACACGUCGAAUUACUCCUGCUAGUGAUCGGUAAUAUGGUAUUUAUCCACGGCCUUCGAGGUAACCCCCGAGAGACUUGGGAAGCAGCGAUGAAUGCGAACCAUGGCAACAGCAGCAGCAGUACCAGCGACACGACCGAAAAGUCCAAGGGCUUCAUAUCCUUCCUCAAGCGACGAAAAGUCAAUGCUUCAAUACCAUCUUGCAAAGUCUUUUGGCCAGACGAGUACCUCGCGAAGGAUGUUCCCGGAGCCCGAGUGUGGCCGUAUGGGUACGAUGCAGACGUUAUCGAAUGCUUCUUCCAGACGAACAACAAGAACGCCGUAUCUGCUAAUCCGCUCCUACAGACUAUCCGCCGAUCAGAGAAGGUCUGUGAGCGAACAAAGCUCAUCGUCUUCCUUGGGAUGCCGCACCGAGGAAGCGCGUCUGCGGACUGGGGCUAGAUCGCCUCGAACCUUGCCCGCGUCGCCCUGCAAGAUUCGAACAAGAAGAUCCUCGACACGCUAGAAGUGAACCGCGAAGUUCUGAACGACAUUCAUGAUAAGUUCAAGAAAUUUGUAUACGGAAGAUGUAGCUGCGUGAGCAGUGAAGAACACUGGAAAAGAGAGUGCUCUUGGCAAGAUUUAUUGUAACUGUCAUAGGGCCGUGUACUCAGGAGCCUGCUAAGGGGUUUCGGUUGCUUAUCUACGUACAAUAUGAGAUGGGACACAGUAUAAGGCGUGGUGUAGAGAACAGAAAUAGAAACGGAGUCGGCAUAGAAGUAACAAAG